AUGGCUUUCCUUCUUCCUUGGACCUGUGUGCUAGUUGGUUGCUUUUCUGCUUCUCUAGCAGGAGCAUAUAAUUUCUCAGAUCUGUAUCCGCCACUGUGGGAGAAGAGUCCUGGUCAGCUCAGUGACUACAGGGUAGAGAAUGGAAAGUACCUCAUUGAUCCCUGGAUAUACUCUGAGAGACUGGGGAUGUACAAAAUCCUAGUGAACAAGACAGCGAGUUAUUUUGAAAGCAUUGUCGCUAGCAAUGAACAAAAUAUUUUUUGGGGUUUACCUCUCCAGCAUGGCUGGCAAUACAGAACAGGAAGAUUAGCUGAUCCCAGAGGAAGGAAAGGCUGUGGCUAUGAAUCUGGAGAUCAUUUGUGUAUCUCCGUGGACAGCUGGUGGGCUGAUAUGAAUUACUUUCUAAGUGCAUUACCUUUCCUUGCUGCGGUUGAUUCUGGCAUAAUGGGGAUAUCAUCAGACCAAGUCAUGCUUUUGCCACCACCCAAGGAUCAGACAAAUUUUUGCCUUAAUAUUUCUAGUUGUCAAUCAUCCUUUCCUGAGAUAAUGAGCAAGUGGAAUGUCUUUUACCAGCAUUUGCAGGAUCCUUCUAGUAGCUUUGAAGACCUGUUGAAGUACUUCUGGGCUGCACAUGUUUCAACCUUGGAAUAUGCUAGCAAAAUAUUUGAAGAUAGGUUGGAGUAUUAUUCUAAACCAGAAGCAAAUUUUGGAAGAAAUUGGAGUGUGGCUGUGAAAUAUUUAGCUGCAGCCCUCUUUCCAACAACUUUGGUCAGAACAUAUGAAUUCCAGAAGGGCCUGCCUCCACGAAUGCUUGUUAACGGGGAUAGAGCCCCCUUCAUCCAUGACUUUACUGACUUUCAAAACAUGGUUCUUCUUGUUCUAAGUUUUCUUCGCCAAGUGGAUAACUCUCCAGGUAAGAGCCUUGUAAGCAAUACCUCAAAGAAAAUUAAUAUUUCAUUGAAUAAAGGAAGAAAUAAUGAUUUUAUUAGAUACAGAAUUCAUCAUAACACAUACUGUCAAAGAAAGUCAUGA